AUGUCUCACGAAACUCUGAUGCGAUCCUACCAAGACAGCCUCUACACCAUGUUGGGCUCACUUCGCCAACUUGAAGGCCACUUGAAAAACAUACAAGCAAGGACAUUUGAGAUGACUGAAGAGAUUUCAUACCUUAUCUCUGACAAUCUCAGUCUUCUGGAUAGUGUGAACAGCCAGAUUCUGAAAACUUCUGAGAAGGAACCAGCUGCCCCGAGCACUCCACUUCCUCCUGCAGCACCAUGGGAGAAUUCGGAGUCUCCCAGCCAGUCUGAUAACAAUGGUGCAAUGUAG